UGGAAUUGGUGUUCUUAAUGACACCCGGAGGAAACACAGAUUGUACAUUUUAUGGGCUACUUUAUCACCUAUCUGUAUUUCCGCAUUGAAGGUGGAGACCUGAAGUGGGACAGGCUUGCUGUGUUACGUUUGGGGAAGUUGCUCAAUAUCGGAAAGACACAUUUUACUAAACUGUGAGCUAAAUACCAGUUUGCUAAUGUUCUGUUUUUAUCGGUGCUAUGGCGGACGAUUAAUACUCGUAAUGUCGCUGUUUUCAGUAGCUACAACUAUCAGAUAAAACCCAAACUCAGACUGUGUCCGUAUUUGUUUCGAAAAAUGAAUAAUUCUGGAACUCCCGCUACUUACAUUCGCAACCUCAGUUAUAGUCUACUUCGCAAGUUGUCCGACUUUCUGGACCCUCAAGACAGGUGGAAAGAUGUUAUUGUCUCGAUACGGAAGCCGAGUGGGGAGUUAAGGUACUCUCAGCAUCAUGUGAGGAGAUUUGAAGGCCUUGUUGCACAGGGUAAAAGUCCCACAGUGGAGCUGCUGUCUGACUGGGGGACUUCUAACAGUACAGUGGGUGAACUUGUGGAGAUUUUGAAGAGCCACAAGUUAUUGGCUGCUGCUAGUGUCCUGCUGCCUGAGGCAGUCCCACCAGAGGCACAGCCAGCAUCUCCAUCAGUUGGAACAAACAGCACCCUUCCAACUAGACUACUGGAAGAGAGGGAGACACAGCCACCACCUGCCAGCUCUCUUCCGCAGCCCCGGAUUCUUCUGAAGAGUGAACCGGGCCACACAGGUCCUUUCUCCAGUUUCUUGUACAAUGAGCUGAUGGAGAUAACAGGUAACUUUGAUGACCGUCCCAUAUCAGACGGCGGCCACAGACUUGGAGAGGGAGGCUUUGGCACUGUGUACAAAGGUCUUCUUAAUGACAAACCUGUUGCCGUGAAAAAGCUCAAUGCUAUGGAUGACUUCUCCCUGGACGAGCUGAGAGUUCAGUUCAACCAAGAGAUCCAAACUCUCAAAGUGUUGAAACAUGAAAACUUGGUUGACAUGGUUGGAUUUUCCUGUGAUGGACAGCAUCCAUGUUUGGUGUAUGCCCUUAUGGCCAAUGGUUCUUUGCUAGACCGACUAGCUUGCUUGGAGGGAAGUCCUCCUCUGUCCUGGAAACAGAGAUGCUUGAUAGCUGAAGGGACAGCGAGUGGCUUGGAGUAUCUGCACAGCAACCAUCAUGUCCAUAGAGAUGUUAAAAGUGCAAACAUCCUGUUAGAUGAAAACUUUCAGUCAAAGAUCUCAGACUUUGGGCUUACAAGAGCAUCAGCCAAGCGGACGUCAACAACCAUGAUGACGGAGAGGAUUGUGGGUACCCGUGCAUACAUGGCACCUGAGGCGCUAAGAGGAGAGAUCACACCAAGAUCUGAUGUCUUCAGCUUUGGGGUGGUGUUGUUAGAAAUAUUGUCUGGACUCCCGCCAGCCGAUGAAAACCGUGAGCCACAGUUCUUGAUGGAGGUGAGGUAUGAUAUAGAUGAUGAAGACGAGGAGCUGACUUUAGGGGAUUUCUUGGACAAAAAGAUGAGCGACUGGGAGUUGAGCCAGGUGGAGACUGUCUACUCUUUGGGUUGUAACUGCCUCCACGAUAGGAAAAACAGACGGCCAGUCAUCAAACAGGUCCUGUUGGAACUUAAAGGAGUUGUCAAAAGCAUUGCACUGGAUUUUAAGGCACAGGAGUGAAGCAUACCAUCCCAGAAAGAUACAAGGUUUCUGAGCCUGCUCCAGUCCCGGUGCACACACACAAAUGGAUUUCCUUCUCAAGUUUCAGAGAAGUUAAUGUUACUUGUUAAUUGUGGCUGACAAAUAUGUAUAUUUAGCAUUAUCCUUUUCUGUAAUAAUGAACUGACUUUUUUAUCUUAUUU